AUGAGUGGCCCGGGCGCUUCAGCCCUACCGCACGGUCUGAUUGGUCUUCCAACUGGCUGGGAAGUCAGGCACUCAAACACGAAGAGCCUUCCCUACUACUUCAACCCCGCUACGAAAGAGUCGCGCUGGGAGCCCCCCGCAGAGACCGACACGGAAAAGCUCAAGGUCUACAUGGCAACCCACCACAGCACACCGGCGGCGCGUGGUGACCUGGCCGGCCAGAGUGAUGGGAAAAUCCGCUGCAGCCAUCUGCUCGUCAAGCAUAGAGAUAGCAGACGGCCCAGCAGCUGGAGGGAGGCCGAGAUCACACGGUCAAAAGAGGAGGCCAUUGAGAUCCUUCGCGGCCAUGAGCAGCGUAUCCAGUCUGGCGAAGUCAGUCUGGGAGAUGUCGCUGUGUCGGAGUCUGACUGCAGCAGUGCUCGGAAGAAGGGCGAUCUGGGGUUCUUCGGACGCGGUGAGAUGCAAAAGGAGUUCGAAGACGCUGCGUUUGCUCUCCAGCCCGGUCAAGUAAGCGGAAUUGUUGACACAGCGUCGGGGGUCCACCUUAUUGAGCGUGUGCAGUAGCCAAAAUGGAGGAAUACCCUUUCUUUCGACGGAGAUUAGUGUCUUGACAAGAUCAGAAUUGCAUGCUAUAUGUCUGCGUUCUCAAUCAAUUAUCCCGCCAUGAGUAUAUAGCUAUUUGCUAUUAUGGAAAUGUUUACAUCAGGAUUAAUAUAGUCAACAGACACAAAAUCGAACUCUUGUUUGAAA